AUGCCCCAGCCCUUCCCCCACGUCCCACCCCCCGGCGUCUGGGUCCCCGCCGUCACCUGCUUCACCCCCGACGACGAGCUCGACCUGGCCGCCCAGACCAAGUACUUUGCCCACCUCAGCCGCUCCCGGCUGGCCGGCCUCGUCAUCGGCGGCACCAACUCGGAAGCCAUGCUCCUGACGCGCCGCGAGCGCGCGCAGCUCGUCGCUGCCGCCCGCGCCGCCGCCGGCCCCGCGCUGCCCAUCAUGGCCGGCGUCGGCGCCCACUCCACCAAGCAGACGCUGCUGCUGGCCCGCGACGCCGCCGCCGCCGGCGCCAACUACCUGCUGGUCCUGCCGCCCGCGUACCCCGGCCGCGCGGCCACCACGCCGGCCGUCGUGCAGCGCUUCUACGCCCACCUGGCAUCCCGGGCGCCGCUCCCCGUCGUCAUCUACAACUUCCCGGGGGUCUGCAACGGCGUCGACCUCGACUCGGACGCCAUCACGGAGAUUGUGCGCCGCAGCGCCGCCGCCUCCCCGGCCGGCGUGUCCAACGUCGUCGGCGUCAAGCUGACCUGCGGGUCCGUCGGCAAGAUCACCCGCCUGGCCGCGCAGCACCGCCCGGGCGACUUCGCCGUCUUCGGCGGCCAGGCCGACUUCCUGGUCGGGGGGCUGGCCGCCGGCAGCGCGGGCUGCGUCGCCGCCUUUGCCAACGUGUUCCCGCGGCUGACGGCGGAGAUAUACCGCCUGUGGGGGGAGGGCCGGGCCGACGAGGCCUUGCGGCUGCAGCGCGUGGCGGCGCUGGCCGAGCGCCCGUGCAAGGCGGGCCUGGCGAGCACAAAGUACGCCGUGGCGGUGUACUCGGCGGCGCUGGCGGGCAUAGAGCGCGCCGAGGAGCUGUUUCGCCCGCGCCACCCGUACGACGAGGCGGGCGACGCGGCCAAGGCGGCGGUAAGGGAGCUCAUGGCCGAGGCGGCGAGGCUGGAGGAGGAGCUGCAGGGGCUGGGGGGGUCGAGUUCUGCUGCGUUAGGGGGAGGGGAGGGGCGAGAUUGA